GUUAAUUUCUAUAAAUUUCGUCAUAUACUUUCUGUGAAAAUUGGUGGCAGGUGCUGCAAACGACGCCAAGCAAACUACGCUGUAAAAAUUAUGUUGGGGAUACCGAAAAAAUUGCUACUGCUCAUAAUGAUCAGCUGCAUAAGAGCGGAUACACAAAAUACUAAAAAAAUUCAAGGACGAAUCAUAUCUGGCACAGUAGCAGCAGCGGGUCAAUUUCCCUGGCAGGUUAUACUAAAGCGUGAUGAAUGGGACGAUCUGCUAUGCGGCGGCUCCAUCAUCUCUAGAUCAUGGGUGCUGACAGCGGCGCAUUGUGCCUAUGGACGUGACUCUAUAUUUUUGGUUUUUGGCACCAAUGAAUUAAAUGAUGAACAAGCAUUAAACAUGACAUCAACCCAACUAUAUGUGCAUCCAAACUACAAUGACAAGAUGAAUAAUGAUAUUGCAUUGAUAAAGCUACCUCAGCAGCUGGUCUUUUCGGACAAGGUACAGGCUAUCGAGCUCGUGAGCAGUGCACAGGAGAGCACCAGUUUUGUGGGCACAGUAGGAACUAUCGCGGGCUUUGGUUUGAUGGACGAUGAAUAUUUGGACUAUUCGCCGAAUUUGUUGUACGCACAAGUGCAGAUAAUUGAUAAUGUCAAGUGUUUGGGCAUUUAUGGUAAAGAUGUGGUAUUGGACUCGACCAUAUGCGCCGAUGGGCUUGCGAGCAGUAAUAUGUCUCCCUGCAGCGGCGAUUCUGGUGGCCCAUUGAUUAUUUAUGGCACAGACAGUGGCUCCUAUGUACAAAUUGGUAUCAAUUCCUUUGUGGCCGAAGACCAAUGCACGUCGGGAUAUCCGUCAGGCUACGUGCGUUUGACUUCCUUCUUGAAUUACAUUGCUGACAUAACUGGCUUGCCCGUUAAUUAAAUAAUUGGGAUUUUCGUUGUUUAUGCGCUUUGCGUACACUCUUCUCUCUGUGUUAAUAGUACAGCUAGCAAUAGA